AUGUUUGACGUCUUGUUUGGGUGGAGAAAAGCUUCCAAGUGCAAGAAAGUGAUCAAACUGGCACAGUGCCGGCUCAAGUUGCUGAAGAACAAGAGGCAUGUGAUAGUCAAGCAAUUACGUCAAGACACGGCUCACCUCAUCAAGACUGGCUAUCAAAACAUUGCCUUUAACCGGGCUGAGCAGCUGGUACAGGAUGAAACUGUAAUGGCAGCAUACGACUUGCUGGACCGUUUCUGCGAAUUCAUCCUCAACAACUUUUCGUGUAUCCGAAGACGCAAGGAAUGCCCAAACGAUAUAAGUGAAGCAGUUUCAAGUCUUAUAUUUGCCUCUGCAAGAUGCGGGGACCUACCUGAACUCAGGGUGAUCAGGAAGCUCUUCGAAGAUCGCUAUGGCAAGAAGUUUGCCAUGGCUGCUGUCGAAUUGUUCCCCGGGAAUCUUGUGAACCUUCAGGUGAUGGAGACACUAUCAAUGAAGCCAGUAACAGAUGAGAUGAAGCAUAAAACGGUCAAUGAAAUCACUCAAGACUACUGUCUCCAAAAACCAGAGGUUUUAGCGCUUGAAUUCUAUCCCGAAUGGCAACAAGAAGAACCGGUAAAAGAAAGCAGUGAGCCCAAAGUACCGGCGAAAGAUGUUCAAACAUCAAAUGCUGAGAUAGAAGCACAAAUCAUACUUGUUGAUUCAUCACCAAGUAGGACUAACUUAUUGACUGAACCAUCAUCAGGUAGUGCUUCUGAUGUUUCUUCUGCCGUUCAGCAAGCUUUGCCAAAUGUUUCGAAAUCUACAUUUCAGAAUAAGGCAGAGAAAGUAGAGAAUUCAGUUGAAGCAGAUUCUCGAAAAACGUCUAGUCUAGGCAAUGAAGAAAGUAAGAGGAUCGUCAUCAAGGCCGAUACUUAUGAAGCUGAAACUGCUUUUGAAAGCAAAGAGGAGAGAAGUAUUGGAGCUUCUUCUUCAGAAAACUUGCCAAGAUUUUGCGAGGAGACGGUGGUUUAUCUGGAUGACAUAGAGGAGUAUCAGUCUUCCACUGUGAAAAAUAAAGAUUUUCAGGACCAAAGAUUCUUCAAGUUCAAGUCUUUAACUGUGUCGAAGAGGGUGAAUCUUCGAAACAGUUGUGAUCGAAGUUAUUGGGACAGACAUGAAUUGGGGACCGAAAAAGCGAGCUCAAAAGGUUCUCAGAGGAAUUGCAUUGUGUCUAGGAAAAGAUCAAGGAGAAGGUUGGUGUAUGACGAAAACCAAAGUAUAAAAGAUGUUGAAUGUGCUAGCUAUUAUGGUCAGCCACACAAGAGCACUUUCAAUCACAAGCAUAGAUCUUAUCACAAAAGAAAGCAACAAAACAAGAUGCUGGCAGAGGAAGGUGAAGAAAGAUCAUCAUAUGACGCUGAGGUGAGGCAAAAACAAUUUCGCAGCAGGGAAAUCACGGUUACCCCUUUAACAAGUAACCGCAGAUAUUAUCCAAAGAGACCGUGCUGCAGAUGCUGCUGCAACCAUGAAAGUCCAUGCUAUUUUUCGAGCGAUGAAGAUGGCGAUGAUUGUGAAGUCUCGUCACGGAAACAAAAGAAUUUGGCCAGUAGGCAUUGCAAAGACCAAAUGAUUUGGAUUGGGGAGUCGAAUAAAGAAACGAAACGGGUUGCAAUGCCUCCAAAACCAAGGAGAAGAAGCUAUGACAAUGGAGCUAUGGUGUAUGAUGUUUUCACCUAUCCCGAACACCGAAUUCAUAAACAAAACAACGAAUUGAAAGGGGCGGUGGAGGAGCUUGGCUUGCAAGGCGGUCGUGCCUCGUUUGACUAUUGCAGCACAAAGAAAGACACAGAAGGUCCUCCUUAUUUGAGGACAGUGACAAUGCCUCUGGAAAGGUCCAAGGAUAGUACCAAAGAUGACUUUCAGAGAUCAAAUUCGUGCCCGGUUCCAUAUCCGAACCAUGUCCAUCCCAAGUUGCCCGACUGCGAUGACUUAACAGCUAGAUUCAUGGCUCUCAAGAAGGAGAACAUGUUGAACAAAUUCCAUUGUCGAAAGCAGUAA